CCACAGUAAACAAAACCGGGGACGUGAAUCCGUCCCGUGAUCUCCUGAAUCCGCCCGAUUCCUUAAUUCCCGCCGUACGGACGUUUCCUUUGAAACCCGACACCACCCGGGCGGCGCCGCGCGGCGACGAGGUCUCCCCCGCUAUUCCCUCCUUCGAGCGAGCGAAGAUCUCGUACUUCUUUCAUGAAAGCGAGCAAGGGGAGGCCGCUAUGGGGCUUGGCGAGGGCCAAGGUUGAGCUCCCGCUCGUGUUCUUCUACUGCUCCCUCUUUUUUCUUGCUGGGUUCUACGGAUCCCUCCUCUUCUCCGUGCGUUUCUCGGGUGGCCGCGUGCCUCGGGGAAGGCUGCUGGAAGUGGAAAAGGAAGUGUCGGAUUUGCCCGGGAUGCCCCAUGGGGAGACCGGAGAGUCUCGCCCUUCUUCAGUCGCCUUCCAGGUUCUGAGCUGGAAACCUCGAGCAGUAUAUUUCCCAAAGUUUGCAACAGAAGAAGAGUGCCGAAAUAUAAUAAAAGUUGCUAGACCAAGCCUAGAACCAUCGACACUUGCCUUACGAGAGGGAGAAACUGUGGAAAACACCAAAGGAAUAAGAACAAGUUCAGGGACAUUUAUCAGUGCAUCGGAAGAUUCAACUGGAAUCUUAGACCAGAUCGAGCAAAAAAUUUCAAGAGUUACCAUGAUCCCAAGAGAAAAUAUGGAGUCAUUCAACAUCCUCCGCUAUGAGAUUGGACAGAAAUAUGCUUCGCAUUAUGAUGUAUUCAACCCAGCUGAAUAUGGCCCACAACAAAGCAACAGGGUAGCUACUUUCUUAAUAUAUCUAACCGAUGUUGAGGAAGGCGGAGAAACUAUGUUUCCUUAUGAGAAUGGUUUGAAUAUGGACAUUGGCUAUGAUUAUGAGAAAUGCAUAGGUUUGAAGGUGAAGCCACGACAAGGCGAUGGUCUUCUGUUUUAUUCAAUGUUUACAAAUCACACAAUUGAUCCACUAUCACUUCAUGGGAGUUGUCCAGUGAUAAAAGGGGAGAAAUGGGUAGCAACUAAGUGGAUCAGAGAUCAAAUACAAGACAAUAUGUGAUGAUACAGAGGCUUUUUUGUUCAUUAGAUUAUCCUUCAUUUUUUACAUUAAGUAUUUACUACCUAUGAAUAAAACUCAUAUACAGAAAUAUAACAAAAAAUUAGUCAACUUUUAAGUGUCUUAUCCAAAUAAAAAAAUGUUCAAAUCUCAGAUCUGAAUUUGAUAGUUUGUAUUCUUCCUUUUUUUUCUGCCCCUUUAAGCUAAUUUAAAUUCACCUGCUAGCUAUUUGUGGAAUCUACUGAUAUUGAAGACUCGAAGUUUUUGUUUUAGUGCAUAAAAUAAACAAAUUGAAUGUAGAUGUGUGAUGGAAUCAUGAGCAAGCGACCUUCCUGCUAUCUGCAAACAAUGUUAUUCCAAUUUUUGUGGACGGACUUUUGUGGCAAAAUUGGUCAGAGGCUUCAUCAUAAAUUUGUACCGAAAUUUAUGGAUGAUCUGUAUUUAGAUUGUUGUAUUUCUUCUUUUGUUGCUGCUGCUGCUGCACUCUUUUCCUGUUGCAGUGCUUCAAGCCAAUCACCAAGCUGUUAAGUAAAGCCGCAUUAUGAAUUGAUGAUUUGCCAACAGUAUGUAUCAUGAUAUUUGUGAUACAUGAUUUCCGUACCUCUGUCCAACUGGUCUUCGAAUUGGAUGCUGUUGAUCAAGCUGGCCAUAUGGUCCACAAAAAUUUCUUGAUCAUUA